GGUUAGAUAUAUAUUAGAUACCUACAUAAUUGGUGAUUUUAUUCUUUAACUCUUUCUAGAAAACUCAUGGCUUAAAUGUCUGCCUUAGUACGUGUAAUAUGUCCUUAACAACGACUCAGCGCGGCACGGUUCUCCUACUAGGCGGCACGGGCAAGGUAUGUAGCCGCAUCGCUCCGCUACUGCUUGCCGCCGGUAUCCCGCCUCUUAUUGCUUCACGCUCCGGUAAAGCACCUCCCGGACUUGUGGGUGUUAGAUUCGACUGGGAUGACGAAUCGAUAUGGAAGCUUGCCUUUUCUACCACUGGCAUCAACGCCGUCUUUCUCAUUGCACCCGUUUCGGGGGACCAGGUAGCACUAGUGAAGAAAUUCGUGGACCUGGCGCGAGAGAGAGGUGUCUCGCGCUUUGUGUUGCUGAGCGCUAGCUCACUUGAGGAGAAUAUAAUGCUUAUGGGGAAGACGCACCGGUACCUACGAGAAUUGGGCGACGAGGGAAAGAUAGAGUGGACAGUGUUGAGGCCGACUUGAUUUCAAGACAGGUUACGCUCAAACCCCUACUUCCGUCCAACUUCAAGGCAGAAUAUUGCAUUUAACAGAACAUCGUCAUAUGGAAAACUUUCUAACGGCGGGAAACCAUCUUGCUUCUCUUAAUGACGAAAGCAAGAUAUACUCCGCGACUGGCGCUGGUAGAAUCCCCUGGGUCUCGGUACAAGACAUCGCCAAUGUCGGCUUCCACGCCCUUACAUCCCCACAGCCGCUUAAUACGGAUCUCCUAAUAUUAGGCCCGAAACUACUGACGUAUGAUGAUGUGAGUCAGAAACCUUUUUACUUUUUUCGUGUUCCGA